AUGGAAGAGCGAGAGAUGAAGGGAUGCGAUCUUCCGGCGAGGUCUCCGCCGCAUGCCUCGCCAGCUUUCCUGCGCAUGCUUCCUGAUCGUGAGCCGACGGGCGCCUCAGUCGGCGAUGGCGACGCCAACACCACUUCUUUUGUCUCCCUGCGUGCUGACAUCAAGAAGAUCCACAACUUGCAGCUGGAGAUGAACACUGCUCUUGAGCAAGUCCGUCUAGACAUGAUCAAUGUCAAGCGGCCUUUGCUCCACGAGCUUCAGAAGCUCUCCAACCGGCUCCAAGCCGAGCCAGGAUUCUUCAAGCCAUCAGUGGGCGGCUGGAGCGAGUCUCCGACCUCGGCUCAUUCGAAGGACAGCCUCGAUGCAUCUCCAUCAUGCCGGCAUGUCCCAAGCUCUCCGACGAAGGUCCUUUUGCCCGAGGUGGCGGAAGAUGAGGCUCCCAAGGUCCAGAUUGCGGCUGUGGCCAAGCGCUCGGCAACCAGUGAGAUGCCGCGCAGGAGAGCUUGGAAAACCCGGGUGCAACAAGGAGUCCGAAACGCCUUGGCCGAUCUUUCAUACGACCUGGACAGCUCGGGCAACUCUGGAGGAUUCUGGCUUGGCUGCGCGGCUCUUUUCCUGAGCAUCGUUCCGAGCCUGACGAUCGUCGUGAAUGCAAUCGUGAUCGGUCUGCAGAGCGACAUCCAGCCGGACUUCAUUGUGUGGGACAUCUUGGAGCUGUGCUUCUGUGCCAUCUACACGACCGAGUUUGUACUGAAGCUUUGCUUCUUGGGCUUCGGUGUUUAUUUCUGUGGACAGGACUACAAAUGGAACUGGUUUGAUUCGUUUUGUCUUCUCAUCUCCUAUGUUGAUCUCAGCAUCUACUACACGAUACUUAUGGCCCAAAGUUCCGAAAAUCAGAGCAAUCUGAACUCACUGAUGCUCAUCAAAAUGUUUCGGCUUGGGCGGCUGGUUCGGCUGAUACGCCUGGUGCGUCAUCGGAUGUUCUACGAGCUGAAGGUGAUGAUCUAUGGCCUUUGGGCUGGCAUUCGUGUUCUAGGCUGGGCCAUCACCGUUCUUUUCGUCCUCGUGUACACCUUCGGAGUGAUCCUUCGAAACAUCAUGGGGGACAGCUUCCCGGAGCUUGAAACGGUGCCUGCGGCCAUGUUCACGUUGUUCCGAUGCUUCACGGAGGACUGCGCUGCCUACGAUGGGACCCCUCUGCCGGAGCGCGUUCGCAUGUCUCCUGUGUACGGUGGUGGUGCCUUUCUGAUCAGCUACAUACUCAUGAUAAUGAUCGUCUCGGUCGGUGUUUUCAACUUGAUCAUGGCGAUUUUCAUCGACAACGUCACCGGCUCCCAGCAGGCACGCCGGAACCGCGAGUUGGCGGAAACAGCAGAUCGGGUUCGCGUCACCAUCAAGGAGCAUGUUGCAAGGUUUCUCGGCAAAGACAUGCAGAAACGGAUGACUUUCAUCCAUGGUGAUCUGAAUACUCGCAGGGACCUUCUGGAUGAGCAGUUGAACCAGCAGGAGGUUGUCAUUCGUCGGGAGUCAUUCCAGCGCUGGCUUCAGGACCCGGAGUUCACAGAAGCGCUGGAAGAAGCAUACAUCGACGUCUCGAAUAAGGGCCACCUGUUUGACAUCAUGGAUGCUGACAUGGGUGGAAACCUCUCCUUGGACGAACUGGUAGAUGGUUUGAUGGCACUUCGUGGCACCGUCAACAAGGGCGACAUCAUUAACAUGAGCCUCAAGAUCCGCCUGCUGACAAGACACGUGGAGCGCCUGCUCACUAUACAGGAGAAGCUUGCGCCAGGUGAAUUCCUGGAAGGCUAG